AUGGGUGGUGGACAUUGUGACCAAAUCCCUAAGGGUGGUGGACCUGAGGGCCAGUGUCCGGGUGGUGGUAGUGGGCAAGGCGGACAUCUCCCAAGGUGUGGAGGUGGACAAGGCGGCCAGUUCCCAAAGGGUGGUGGACCUGGUGUCCAGCUCUUCGAGAAUGGUGAAUGUGGCAGCGAGAUCUCCGUAGAUGGUGGGCUUGGAGGCCAACUCCAUGUAGGUGGUACAUCUGGAAGCCAAUUCUCCGAGAGUGGUGGACUUGGUGGCCGGAUCCCCGGGUGUGUUGGGUGUGGCAGCCAACUGUCCAGAGGUGGUGGACUUGUGGGCCAGUGCGCAGAUGGUGGUAGACAAGAUGGCUUACAUCCCGGUGGUGGUCUCUCUUUUGAAUGCAGUGGUCUGCAUCUUGGUGGUUCAAAUGACAUAAAAGAUUGCCAACGAGGUACUUUGGAGAAAGUUGAAGUUAGGUUCCUUGGAGGAACAAUUGCUAAACGUGAGCAAUGA